AUGAACCCAUCGUAUAACGAACCCAAUGUGGAGAAAGAGAUCGAAAACCUGACUGGGAUACAUCAUGUCAAUGAGGUCGAUUCGGAUCAUCAUACCAUUCAUGGUGAUAAAGCUUUGGAACUUAUCGAACAUUCCAAACGGAUUAACAUUGAAGAAGUUGAUCCUGCUGUCAUUCGUAGGAUUGUGAGGAAGACUGAUAUGGUUCUUAUGCCGAUCAUGUGUCUCUGCGAAUUCUUUCAAUUCUUGGACAAGAGUUCUAUAUCCUAUGCCAACCUUUUCGGGAUCCAACAAGCUACUCAUUUGAAAGGUCAAGAUUUCGCUUGGCUCGGAUCUAUCUUUUAUUUUGGAUAUCUAUUUUGGCAACCAUUUGCGGCUUAUCUAUUGGUCCGAAUUCCCGUCCGGUACCACCUCAGUAGUAUCAUCAUGAUUUGGGGUUUGAUCCUUGGGUGUCUAGCUGCUGGUCAAAGCUUUGCUGCUGAAGCUUCGUUGAGAUUCCUCUUGGGUAUGGCCGAAAGUGGAAUGAUCCCAAUCCUAGGUUCUAUAACCGGUUCCUAUUACCUCCGUUCCGAACAAAGUACAAGAGUAGGAAUAUGGUUCGGUUCCGUCGGUAUGUCACAAAUCAUCGGUGGUUUAAUCUCUUAUGGAAUGUUCAACCUUCAUUCUACUCGAGUGGCAGCAUGGCAGUUCAUUUUCGUCUUGUUAGGUCCAGUAACAGUCCUUUUCGGAAUUUAUAUCCUCAUAAUGCUUCCUGAAUCACCUGCGACAGCUUGGUUCCUUACACCUGAAGAAAGGUUGAUAGCUUUGGAAAGGAUCAGAAGUAAUAAAACUGGUACACAUGCUACGGAAUAUAAACCUAGUCAAGUAUGGGAAGCUGCGAAAGAUCCACGAAUAUAUCUGGCGGCUAUCUCGGUGUUUUGUGCUAGUGUACAAAAUGGAGGUGUUUCAUCUUUUGGUGCUACUAUCAUCAAAGGUUUUGGGUUCACUACGAAACAAACUACUUUAUUGGGUAUGAGUACAGGAGGGAGUGAAACUGUUGCUAUGGCUGUUGGAGUUUUGUUAUCUAGAUGGUGGAAGAUGAGAGCACUCCCAGCUAUCUGUUGUAUAUGCGUAGCCAUAGUAGGAGCCGGUUUAAUGGUCGGAGCUCAUAAUAAAAACGUUCAAUUCGGAGGUUAUUGUCUUAUCUUUUGGGUACCCGUUGGUCAAAUGUUAUUCGUACCAUGGAUGCAAUCCAUGGUCGCAGGUCAUACGAAAAGAUCCACAUUUUACGGUCUUUAUCAAAUCGGUUGUGCAGUUGGGAAUAUAGUCGGUGCUCAGAUAUAUCGACCUCAUGAUGCUCCUCAUUAUAUCCCUGCGAAAAUUGCUAUUUUAGUUACCAUCACUCUUCAUGGAGUUACUAUGGGUAUGAUCGCCCUCAUUCAUAAAUAUUGGAACAAUCAAAGAGCUCGUAGAGCGAUUCAACCUCCUGAAGAAGAGAACAUUGAGUUUAAAGAUCGAACCGAUAAACAAAUCCCUUCUUUCGUUUACCCAUACUAGACAUGUUGUGAUGAGAUCGCUUCGGAUCAGAGGGACGAGAUGUUGUGACGUCCAUUUUGGCGACAGGUGACUUUAGAAGGUAUAUAGAAGAGUGAUAGAGUUCGAAAGGUUUGGGUAAGGGCUUGUGGUUUUGAGGAUGUCGAUGUCAGUCUUGCUUUUGUUAGAAGUAAAUGUGGGAACACUGUUAUUUUGUAGAUAAUCCAGAAUAUGGAAUGCAUCCGGGUUCUUGAUCU